UUAACACAUGGGUCUCUCCACUUAAACGCACCAAACCAUCAUCAAUAAUAGAAGGAUCCAUAAUCAACUGACCCUUGGCCGCCAUAUUGUUUACUUGGAUACAAUGUUGUCUAAAAAGCGGCGUAUUUGUUGGGGCUCCGUUCUUUAGACGUAUGACAAUGGCGUACAGCGGGAAAGUCAAAAAUAAUACGCUUCAUAAUUCAAGAAAACAUCCAUACAGGGUUUCUCGUUUGAUGAGGCGUGAGGUUCACAGGACAUAUGAUAAAAUAUAUGCAACACUUUAUGGACAAUGUGUGGGGGAUGCACUUGGACUGCUCACAGAAGGUUUGACAAAAGACGAAAUCAAGAAGCAUUACAAGGAGGUGAUGGGGAAGUUGGAGCUGGUCCACAAGAAGAUGUUGCGGGAUGCUCACCGACAGAAGUGGAGGGAGUGUGACUGGACAGACGAGACUGAUCAGCUGCUACUGGUCUUGCAGUCACUCAUACACUGUAGAUCUGAGGUUGAGCCUGUGGACUUCGCGAAGCGGCUGAUGGGGUGGUCUGAGCAGGGCUUCCCGGAGCUGGGCGACGAUGCAAGCCCUGGGCUGUGCUCACAUGUGAGAAAUGUCAUCACACACCCACAGUUCUCCGAGGAACCACUGAAGGCCUCGGAGAUAGUAUGGCGUGACUCCGCGAGGUUUGUGGCCAGUAACAGUGCGGUCGCCAGGACUGCAAUCAUGGGUGUCCAUCAACACGAGGUCCUGGGUCAAGUGAUCAAGAACACCCUGGAGGUGUGUCACGUCACGCACUUUGACCCCAGGUAUCAUGGGUGUGAGGCCUCGUGCGUGGCAGUCUCUGUGGCUAUAGCUCUGAUGAUCCAGCAAAAUGAACGACACUUGAAGAAAAAUGGCAAAUACGAUAUUGAUGCGAUUAUAAAUGAGGCAUUCGUCUAUGCCUCCAGGCUGUUGAAAAGUGAUAAAGAGGUGAAGGAGCUUAAAGCCUACAUGUUCUGCACCUCCCUAAAGGACCUAAGACUGGAUGACCCGGGGCGGCCCAGCUACACGUACAAGGCCCUUGGCUCGGGCUUCUGGGCUCUCAAACAGAAGGACUUCAGGCAGGCCAUACAGGAUAUAGUGCUGGAGGGAGGAGACGCUGAUGCCAACGCAGCAGUGGGUGGGGCGUUGCUGGGGUGUAAACUGGGGCUGGAUGCCAUACCCAAGUCCUGGACAGAACCCCUCCUACAUCGGGCCUGGCUGGACGACCUUGUAGAUAGGUACUUUGACAUGGUUGAGAGUAAGAAGAAGCAGAAGGAGACAGUAGUAUGAGUCAAUGGUACCAAGAUGUGGUCAUUAUGAAACAUCAUCAAUUUCCCUCCACCGGAUUGGCUGUAGUGGGGGGGGAUGAGGGAAGAAGACACCUUUUCUUCUGAUGGCCUCGAUGGCGAGAUCCCUCAUUAAACAUAAUUGAUUUUAAAGGCACUCCUUGAAAUGUGCUUUUGAAGGCCUAGAAGUCCUUACAAAUUGCUUAUACCAACCCAAAAAAUGCAUCAAAUGCUUGAAACAUGCUCAACAAUUCUUAUGUCUGAUGAAAGAAAUGAAGAUGUCUGAGUGAUAAAAUUAUAUUCUAUUGCCUUCCUAAUAACAAAAGAACAUCCAAUAGUAAAGCCUAUUAUAGUCAACAACAAACAAAUGUUUUUGAGUCCAUCUCUUCACUCUUAAAGUGAGUGAUUUUUUAUGCUCCGGUAGGACGGCAUAUAACAGUUCAACUGUCAGUCCGUCUGUUUGUCUGUCAGUUUGUGCGUCUGUUCGAAACUUUUAACAUCGGCCAUAACUUUUGCAAUAUUGGAGAUAGCAACUUGAUAUUUGCCAUGCAUGUGUCUCAUGGAGCUGCACAUUUUGAGUGGUGAAAGGUCAAGGUCAUCCUUCAAGAUCAAAAGUCAAAAAACAAAAUCCAAGGGAAGUAACAAGCCUUAAAGGGAGAUAAUAUCUAUUUUAUAUCAUUUGGCAGGUACAGAUCAUUUUCACAAGGGAAGUAAUAUUUCUUAAAGGGAUAUAAUAAAA